AUGGCUAUUUUCGAGAUCAGCAUUCAUAAUAACGCAUAUGCAAGGCGCCUUGGGUACCGAAAAACUUCCCAUGUCGAAAAUCAACAUCAAACUCGACUUUGGACCGAGGCGCUUGCCGAUCCCAACGGAGACUCUGAUGAUGCUUUCAAGUAUCGCUAUUUGAUCUUUUUGAAAGGCGUGACAGAUGCCCGACUUGCUCAGCAGCUUGAAGCCAUUAAAGAGCUCAACAAUCGACUUGAAAUAUUGGCUAUGCGGGCUGUGGUUGUGUCUAAGCGUGGUCUCGCCACUUCUCCGCUCAAAACGCUAGACAAGGUCAGAAAAUGUGCUUCUAUUAUCUCUCGUGCUCUUGAUACGAGAUCUGGAUUCUCCUGCAACUGUAAGGCUUCUCACAGAAUUAUGCUCAGACUGGACAAUCUCGUCGAUGAAGCCACGACGAUAGCCAAAUCCGAGAAUAUUUGGGACGCCAUCAAGCUGAGACUGGUACUGAACAAUGCUCUCAGCACCUCCAACGGACUCUUUAGCGCUCGCGCCUGGAGCUGGGCUGAGCUCGAUGCAAGCGUGAGUCGGCCGGCUGAGAUCGAUGGUGACUCAGAUGAAGAUUCCAGUGAACCAGCCGGGUUCUCCAGCCCCAACGCAUACGACGACAAGAUUCAACCCAAGAAGAAAGCUGUGCGAUUCGCCACACUCUUGUGGAAAAGGCCUGCGGAAGCGACCGUAGUGGAACCAGGCGACCUCUGCCUUAGAUUGUCGAGACUCCAGCUCGCAACUGCCCAUACCGUCGACGAAUUGAUUGGUGUGUUAGGCAAUAGGAAGACUGGCAUCAUCGACAUUCGUCUCCAUCAGGAGAUUUCGAGGUAUGCUUCUUGGGUGUCGCCUGUCUCCUUACGCCAGCUGCUGUAUCGUCCACGAUCCCAACGUCGAAAACUCUCGGUUGUGAACAAACUUCGUCUUGCAUCGAAGACUGCUGGAUGUCUUCUUUAUCUGUACCAGACGUCCUGGCUGAAGAGAAGAUGGACGAGCAAUGACAUUCACCUGAUUGCGGGUGACAACACCGAAUAUCCUGACGAAAUCUUUGUUUUGCGCGAUGCCCAACAGACAACGCAGACACGCUCUUGGUUCGACGGUUUCUGUGAGCCAACCAUAUUUGCGCUGGGCAUUUUCUUGAUCGAGCUCUCGUUUGAAGAAUCAUGGGAUGAGAUCUGUCGGUCCAAAUCGGAGCAGAUCUCGAGACUGGAUCUGAACGACGACACCGAGUUUACUGUGUUUGCCACGGAAACCGCGGUGAUCAAUACCAUACUGGGGAAUGCAGUUGAUAAUAAAGUUGACCCUGAAGAUAGGCCCUUCUACCGAGAGGGACCUUACUAUCUCGAAGCCGUCCGCGCCUGCUUAACGAGGACCCUUGGUGACGGCAAGACCUCACUCGAGUCCGAGACAUUCCGUCAAGCAGUGCACAGGGAAAUCAUCCGCCCUCUACAGUUUGCGCUUGAAGAUGUUCAGCAUUCUAUCCCUAACUCUGAGAGCUUGCUUCAUGACGUCCCAUCCUCUUCAGAGAUAACAGCGAAUGAGUUUAGCCUGUUUGAUGACAAAGAUGCACGAAAAGAAGCUCCCGAUCGAGCCAAGGAGUGGUUUGAGGAACUCCGUACAAAAGUCUUUCCUCUGCUUCCUAAGCGAUCUGCUUCUGGAAAGAGUCCUGUGAAAGUCGCGAUCCUUGAUACCGGCCUAGAUCCUAGUGACGGUGCAGUCCGCGUUGCGAAGGAUCGUAUCCUGUACAAAAGCUUCAUUCCCGGUGAGGAUAAUGAUCUGUUGGAAGAUGCGAAAGACAGCCACGGUCACGGAACCUACUGCACGACCCUCUUACUCAGAGUGACGAAGACUGCCGACGUCUAUGUAGCGCGUGUCACCACUGGAGGCAAUUUAGGCCAUCCUGACAACAUCACAGAGGCUAUUCGAUGGGCGAUACGCGAAGGCGUGGACAUCAUAUCCAUGUCCUUCGGCUUUCCCGACUUUGUGCCCAGUUUAACCAAUGUCCAAGCAGCUAUUCACGAAGCAUACACUGCAGGCAUCGUUUUGUUCGCAGCAGCAAGCAAUGGAGGAGGAAACAGGCGCCUUGCGUACCCUGCCAAUCGAAAUGAAGUCAUCUUAUAG